AUGGGUGCAAGUGUUGGUGUUGCACAAUAUGGGAAAGACUUGAUAAAGCUUAUUCUAAGCACGUUAUACGAGAGCUCCAAGUUCAAGCCUUCACUUGUCGCACCUGGAGGAUUUUAUGAAAAAUAUUGGUAUGACAGGCUUCUUCAGGUUUCGGGUUUAGGCAUAAUCAAUGUUCUGACUCAUCAUUUAUAUAAUUUGGGCCCAGGUAGUGAUGAGCAUCUUGAAAGGAAGAUUCUAGAUCAUGAGCGCUUGAGUAGGGUGGAAUCAAUUUUCGGAAAUCUUUCAGAAAUCAUUAAAAUAUAUGGUCCUUGGUCUUCUGCAUGGGUAGGAGAAGCUGGAGGGGCAUACAACAGUGGUGUCAAUCAUGUUUCUAACAGAUUUCUAAACAGCUUUUGGUACUUAGAUCAACUUGGAAUAGCAUCUUGCUACAACACUAAAGUCUAUUGCAGACAGACUUUAAUUGGAGGGAACUAUGACCUUCUCAAUACCACUACCUUUGCUCCCAAUCCUAACUACUACAGUGCACUUUUGUGGCAUCGGUUAAUGGGAAAGAAGGUUCUUGCGGUCUCAAGUGAUGUUCAUAUUAAAGACUUUUACCUACAGUUAGGAAAUGUAAGUAGAAGUUAAUAACUUUUACCUA